AUGUAUGCCACUAAGUUUAGGGACACCUUAGCUUAUGAAAGAGAUGCUAUAACUGACAUAUCCCCUUGCUGGAGUCAUCAAUUUUUAAUAGAUCAAACAAGAGAUAUUCCUAUAAUAAAACCAGAACCUUGGCCAGAACUGGCUUUUUGGAAAACCUUCCGGUGGUGUGAUUGGGCAGUCCAACAGGGAAUACUACCCGAAAAAGUCGAUAUGAACAAUAUUAAAUGCCUUAAAAUCUACAGCGCGUUUCGAAAACACUCGUUUAAAGACCCACCAAGCCAAUACUCCUUGGAAAUAAUGAAAAACGUUGAAACAUUCGAGAAGGCUGUCGAAGCCAUGGUGGAAGCGUCAGACGCCAAAAAAGGUAAAAAAGGCAAAAACAAAAAGAAAAAACAAAAAAAAGAGAAAAAAUCAAAGGUACCUGUAGAAAUAACCGAUCCAUCCCUGUGGAUUGACUAUCGUCAAAUUGCUGAAGAGAUCAUUUAUAUUAUUAUAUAUUUUAAACCGUCGAGGUAUGAAAUAAAGUAUACUAUAAGCGAUUUAAAUCAACCAGGAAAUAAGCCUGGAUCACCGGUUAAAGGUAAAGGAAAAGGAAAAGGAAAAGCUGCACCAACAUGGCAGUCUAUUACCUACGUUGGCAAUGCCAUAGAGGUUGGUAGUGAAUCAUUGUAUGGUUUUAUGGAUAGUAUUGACUCUAAAUUUUUGGUUUUUAAUUUAUCGCAACUUGCCAAUGUACCAAUAUUAAACAAGGUCGUGAUAGAAGAAGUUGAAUCAGUCCCUGACAUAGAUCUGAAUGAUGAUUCUUGCUACAAGCUAAUAAUGCAAAUGAAAACAUUUCUACCAAACAGAAAAGUUAAAUGCAAGACCCUGGCAAAAUUUCCCGACAAAGUAGACUCACCACUAUCGUACUUGGCAGUGCAGAAAUACACUUGGUAUGAUAAUAAAAGUGAAGAUAUUCUACUUAAAAUACGAACCAUCGGUACCAAAACAGCUAUUCUGGAAUUACCUGCAGGCAGACACUUAUUCAAACUGUGGAUAAAAUCAGAAACGCCGUACAUUUGCAGCAUUCUAACCGAUUCUUCAAUCACCAUAGGCAACAGCGAGCAAAUAAUGAUGGCAAUGACAUCUGAAUCGCAAAGACUGCAGCAAUUUUGCAUCGAUAUAGCAAGUAAUUACGGAAAGACAGUACAAGAGUUUGGUCGGCCAGAAUUCAGCGAACAAUUAAGAAUAUUCCACUCAAUAUAUAAAACCCACGAUCUAACUAAACCUGAAUGCAUAAAAAUGCACGAUUAUAUGUUUGAUAAACUCAUAGAAACAGUGCAAAAAUACAUGGAUAAAUCUCAGCACAAAAACGUGAUAAGAGCCUUGCACAUAUUCUUUAAAAGAAUAUAUUUUGAUCCAAGUUACAGAAUUUGUAAUUCAUUGCAGUACCUUAAAGAGGAAGAUGUAGAAUUGUACAAAUUAAUGGAAAGAUCUACUAUUAAAAUACAAGCUCUAUUCAAAGGUAUAUACGUAAGGUCAAUAUUAAAUAGACAUAAACCUGAACAUAAGGAACACAUCCCUAUAUUCGAGUUAUGUAAAAAAGUAUACACAUCAGUAUUUUCAAGUAAAAAUCGCCUCAAUACUUUACCUUACAUGUUAAGAACAGUAUUUUUCGACCCAAUAAUGCACGACAUAGCAAUAAAAUACGAUUUUUACAAUGAUCUUCUAUCAGUCAUUAACAUUCAAGACUUUAAGGGCAGCAUUAUCCUCCAGGAAAAUAGUUGGGCAGUUGUAUGCCGUUACAUUUUUUUUAUCAACAAUCCUGAUCCUAUUAUAGUGAAAAUUAAGUUCUACUUCCAAAUAGGAAAAUAUAUGAUAAGAGUGUUCAAUAACGACACCAAAGAAGAGGUCGGUAGAUUCAACUGUAACGUAAGCGUAAAUAGUUACGAAAGUAACGUCAACGGUUACACAAUUUUGUGUUACGGUUACGCUAAGGACGCGAAUAAAUAUUUUUGGCGGCUCAUGCUGGCCACGUGUAAAACACAAAAAGAAAACGACAUAAUAGUUACAUCGGGUGAUAUACAUACCACUAGGAUUGUGGAUAACUACAUACCGAAUUAUAAUGACAGGAUUUUAAGGUAUUUUAUAAUAAUCAAAGAACCGACCUUAAUAACUUUGAGAUUAAUUACUUCGAAUGAAGAUGUGCAAAUGAAGUUAUUAUUGUUUACCUCUACUUACGAGUUGAUACAGGAGAUUAGAGGUGUAGGAAAGAUUAUUAUGCCUGCUGUUUUGCUGCAGAUGAAUACAAAAGUUGACAUUGUUCCUCAACCUUCUUCACAGAGUAGUUUAAAAAGAGAUAGCAAAACUAGUAGAGGAUCUAAAGGGUCUAAAAGCUCUGUUACUGGUUCCGCAAAAAAAUCUUCUGAUAAACUUAGCCGUCAAAGUAGCAAAAUCUCAUCUAGUUCUCGUCGUGUUAGUAAAACACAGCCAAUUUCUAUUGAAAGUGUUGAAAUUGAGACAAAGUAUGUUGUUGAAGCAUACAUUUUGAAGCAAUCCUGGCCCUUAAGUAGGCCUGAAUGGGUGAACGUUGAAGAAUGUAAACAGAAAAAAUUAUACUGGCCCAUAUUUUCGCAAUCAAGUUCACAAGGAAGCUUACCAACAAAACGAAAAAGUUCAAAAACGACGAAUGACAAAACUGUUAUGGGGAAACCCUUUUGGGUGAUGCAGUUUAUUCAUAGUGUAGCUGAAAAUAUCCGUAUAGAUAGAGAUGAGUCUUUUGAUAUAAUGGUAAGAAAUAUAAAGAGAACAUGGUGGGAGCCAGAUCCAAAUAGAUAUACAACGUCAAAAACAUUGAGAGCUGAAUACAUAGAAGACAACAUCCUUAAAUCAGUAAAAGCUGAUAGCAAACAAGACUUGGAAGAUGAAAAUAGCGAAAGCUUGUUUUCAAAUUCAACAUACAAUUUCGUUAGAAACAGCAUAGCUCAGCAAUACCAAAUUGAAGUAAAAACAACCUUCGCCUCUGUAGUUCCAGUAGCAGGAACCGUCAAAGUCCCAAGUAUUCCCAGCAUUCAAGGUUGUUCACUAGCAAAUCCUCUUUUACUUACAAACCUGAUGCCCCAACUGGAUCCACAAGAAUAUAUGGAUAUGCCAUUAGAUGAAAUUGAUUUUUUAGAUCGAAUAGUUUUAACUAGUGAAGAUUUACAAGAUGAAGAGAAUGAAAGGUUAUUAAAGAUGGAAGAAUUCGAGAUGAGUCAGGAAAUAUUUUGUGAACAACUUACCGAAUUAGCGGAACAAACAUCUGAUACAUACGAGUUGUUAAAUGACUGGUAUGAUGACGACGUUAGAGAAGAUUCUAAUGAUAUGAUGACUGACGUUUAUGAAGACAGGCAGAAGUACAUUGACGAUAUCGUGAAAAGGAUCAGAUGGGCAAGGGAGCGGGAACAGGAAAUGCUCGAGCGAGAAAAAUCGAAAUCACCGAAGAAAAAGGAAAAGAAAGGCAAGAAGGAUAAGAAAAAGAAAAAAUAAAUACUCGUAGCAUAUUCUAAACUUUUACUUAUUAAAAUAUUUAAUUUUGCACGACUGAAUAAUUAUUAAUCUACUAGAUCCGAUUUCAGC